AUGGGGCCUAUAGCUUUAGGAUCGGGUAUUCUCUUCACCUACCCCCAGAUCGCGACCAUCGCGGGCGUUCAGGGUCUGCUGGUUUAUGCCCUCGCGUCGGCACUCCCGCUACUGGUUUUCGCAUGGCUGGGUCCCAUCAUACGACGUAAAUGUCCCGAAGGGUUCGUCCUGACCGAAUGGACGCGCCAGCGCUACGGCGUUGUAGCGAGUCUGUAUCUGUCUGCGUUGACCCUCAUCACGCUCUUCCUCUACAUGGUCGCCGAGCUCUCUGCUCUCCAACAGAUUAUCAACGCUUUGACGGGUCUGAAUGGUCUGCCUGCCGUCAUUGUCGAAUGUGCCGUUACGACCAUCUACACCUCUCUAGGUGGGUUCAAGGUCAGCUUCAUCACGGACAACAUCCAGGGCGCGAUGGUCCUAGGGCUCAUCAUCAUCGGCAUCAUCACCGUCGGCGUCGAGACGAAGAUCUCGCACGACCUUGUCGAACGCUCUCAUUACCUCGACUCGUCCCUCUUGGGGUGGCAACUUCUCUACAUUCUCCCCGUGGCCAUCUUGACCAACGACUUCUUCCUUUCUGGGUUCUGGAUGCGCACCUUUGCCGCCAAAACCGACAAGGACCUCUACGUGGGCGUCGGCAUCGCCACGGUCGCCGUGGCCAUCAUCCUCACCGUCGUGGGCGUCAGCGGCCUUCUCGCGGGCUGGUCAGGAGCCCUAGGCGACCCGCCCGAGCAGAGCAGCAUCGCCUUCUUUCUGCUCCUCGAGCAACUCCCAGCCUGGGUCGUGGGCAUUGUCGUGGUCAUGACCAUCGCGCUCAGCACGGCCGCCUUUGACAGCUUCCAGAGCUCCAUGGUGAGCACGGGCUCCAACGAUAUUUUCCGCAACCGCCUGAACUUCUGGUACAUUCGACUCGCGGUCGUGCUCAUCAUCUUCCCCGUCGUUGUUGUCGCGUUGAAGAGCCCCAGCGUCCUUCAGAUCUACCUGAUCAGCGAUCUCGUCAGCGCGAGCAGCAUACCUGUGUUGGUGAUCGGGCUGAGUGAGCGCGCGUACGCGUGGCGCGGGUUCGAGGUGGUCGUGGGCGGCCUCGGCGGCCUGUUCACCGUCUUCCUAUUCGGCCUCGUGUACUACGACGGCGACGCAACGCAGGCUGGCAACCUCUUGCUACUGGAACAGGGCCUGUACGGGAACGAUUGGUCUGCGUUUGGAGCGUUUGUGGCGGCGCCCGUCGGCGGUCUCCUCUGGGCUCUGGGCGCGUUCGGACUACGGCUCGGCGUCCAGUGGACCCUGGCCAAACGAGCUGGCCGACGCUUCGAUGCCCUCGACAAGCCUGCCGCGCCCACUGCGAGUUUCUAUACCGGCCGUAACGACAGCGCGGAGAGGGAAGUCUACGCUGAUGCUUCCGGUGUCGAGAGAAGUGAAGUCGCAGUCAAGGGCAAAUUCUUCUAA